AAGGCAGGCUAUUUAGCACUGAAAAGAAGACCAUUGUUACAUGCACAUGACCUUCUGGGCUAGACUUCUUACAGUUCAAGAGGUCUCAUGAUAUAUGAGAAUGAAAGACCAUUUAUCCCCCCUCUUGUUUAUCAAUAUCAUGGCUUCUAAGAUUUCAUUUCAAUAUGCUUUGCACGUUUUCUUGUUUGUCAUUCCAUCCUGCACUUCAAUCGACACCACUAGCCUUAAUAAAUCCAUCACGGACAACCAAACCCUAGUUUCAUCGGCUGAAAAGUUCGUGCUAGGGUUUUUCAGUCCUGUCGGUUCCCUCAACCGCUACGUCGGGACAUGGUACAACAACGUCAGGAACCAAACGGUCGUGUGGGUCGCCAACAGAGAAAACCCACUUACAGAUUCUUCCGGCAUCCUCACCAUCAACAAUAGCAACCUCGUCAUCCUGGAUGGGAGUAGCACUGUCGUGUGGUCCACUAACGUUUCGACCAUCGCAGAUUAUUCAAGUGCUAGGCUUUUGGAUUCGGGAAAUCUUGUUUUAAGCUCUGGAGAUUAUGAAAACAAUGUGAAGGUGGUGUGGGAAAGCUUCGACCAUCCUACAAAUUGGUUCCUUCCUGGCAUAAAACUAGGGAAGAACGCUAGGACUGGUCUUGACUGGUACCUCACGUCAUGGAAGUCCCCUAAUGAUCCAGCUCGUGGGGACUUCUUGCUUCGUAUCAAUAUUCAAGGUAUACCCCAGUUCUUCUUAAUGAAGGGAUCAGAUUCACGUUGGAGAAGUGGGCCAUGGAAUGGCAAGAGACUGAGCGGUUCGCGCAGUAUGGAUAUUGAAUUUAUAUCCACCAACCAUUAUGUUUCAAAUGACGAGGAAACUUACCUCACAUACAAUCGCACUGACACAUCGGCGAUCUCCUCGUUGACUCUCGAUACCACAGGCCAGCUUCAAUGGUUAACUUGGAUCAAAAGAAGCCAGACAUGGAAUCCUUACUGGUCGUCGAUGGAGGACCGAUGUGACGCUUAUGCCGAGUGUGGGGCCUACGCCGCCUGUACUACUAAUAGAGUGCCAUGUGAGUGUUUUCAUGGGUUUGAGCCCAAGUCACCCCAAGACUGGUCACUGAGGGAUGGAUCAGAUGGUUGUGUUAGGCAGGCCAGAUUGGAGUGUGGGAAGGGUGAUAAGUUCAUCAAGAUCGAACGCGCGAAGCUGCCGGAUACCUCCAUUGCACAUAAGGUCGCCGGAGUGAGGAUCGACGAGUGCAAAGAUGUAUGCUUGAACAACUGUUCUUGCACUGCUUAUGCUAGUGCUGAUAUUAGCCAAGGGGAGAGUGGAUGUAUGAUCUGGGAUGGGGAUUUGAUUGAUCUCAGGGUGUUUUCUGAUGGAGGGCAAGAUUUUUACGUACGUGUGGCUGCUUCAGAACUAGAAAAUGCAAGUGUGCGAAAGAAGAAACGACUAAAGCCACCUCUCAUGGUGCUAGUUGUAGUGAUCAGUAUUCUCCUGGGAUCUAGUUUUCUCUUAGCACCCUUCAUAAGUUAUCGACGGAGGCGACAGCUGAGACUUCAAGCCCAAAGGGAAACCAGUCAGGAAGUGCUACUGUUUGAUCAGUUGGGUAGAAAUAUAGCAGCUGCCAACAAUUUUAGAGAUGUAAAUAACCUCGGAAGAAAUGGGACUGAUGAUUCGGAUUUUAAAUUAUGCAGUUUUGCCACCAUAUCAGCUGCUACAGAUAAUUUCUCUGCAGCAAAUGAGCUGGGUAAGGGUGGAUUUGGCCCUGUUUACAAGGGGAAGCUGGUGGGGGGACAAGAAAUAGCGGUAAAAAGACUUUCAAGAAGUUCAGGACAAGGACUUGAAGAGUUCAAAAAUGAGAUAAUACUAAUUGCGAAACUCCAACAUAUGAAUCUUGUUAGACUCUUUGGUUGUAGUAUUGAAGGAGAUGAAAAGAUAUUGAUCUAUGAGUAUAUGCCCAAUAAAAGCUUGGAUUCCUUCCUCUUUGAUCCUAUUAAAAAAGCGCUACUGCAUUGGGGUAAACGUGCCCACAUCAUCGAAGGGGUUGCUCAAGGCCUUCUUUAUCUUCACAAGUACUCCAGAUUAAAAGUCAUUCAUAGAGAUCUAAAAACCAGCAAUAUUCUGUUGGAUGGUGAAAUGAACCCUAAAAUAUCGGAUUUCGGCAUGGCACGAAUCUUCGGAUGCAAUGAGUCCGAAGGAAACACAAACAAGGUUGUUGGUACAUAUGGUUAUAUGUCUCCCGAGUAUGCUGUAAAGGGCCAUUUUUCAAUAAAAUCUGAUGUCUUCAGUUUCGGAGUCAUACUGCUAGAGAUCCUGAGCGGCAGGAAGAACAACAGUUUCCACCACUCUGACCGUUAUCUCAACGUUCUUGGAUAUGCAUGGGAAUUGUGGGAAGGAGGAAGGGUUUUGGAGCUGGUGGACCCAAUGUUGGGCGAUUCAUCUCCAACGUUUGAGCUAUUAAGGUGCAUUCAUGUUGCGCUGUUGUGUGUGCAAGAACAUGCGGCGGACAGACCCACCAUGUCAGAUGUUGUGUCCAUGCUUGGCAAUGAGACUAUUGCUCUGCCUACUCCCAAACAACCUGCAUUUUCUUUAUGGGAGGAUUGAUACUGAUGCACAGUUACAAUCAGGCAAGGAACUUGUUCUUCAAAUGAUGUAACAGUUUCUGAGGUGGAAGGCCGAUAGUAAAAUUAACUUCCGCUGCCAUUUUUUAUCGUCGUAACUUGUGUCCGCCUCUUGUAUUUCCCAUAUAAAGAUAUAAAGGAAUUUGGUGAAACGAAUGAGCUGAACUGUGUCCUAAAAUGUAUGAAAAAUGAUCUUUACGUAGUAAUAUUGGUAUUUUCAUCUCAUAGUGGAAA